UACACAUGAGUAGACUAAGUUGUAAUCCAACGCCAACUAUUGGUUAGAUCACCAUCGAGGAAGAAAAUUGGAUUUUAUUAAUGGCGGAUUCUUAUGGCGAUUGUACAUAAUUCCUUCUCCUCUUUCAUAUUCAUUUCUCAAUCUCUUUCUCUCUCUCAGUUGGGUUUUUUUUUUUUUUUUUUUUUUUUUUCUCUUCAAUUUUUGCAUCUUUCCAUUUUCUCUAUAUUUUUCUUCUGACUCAAAUUUCUUAUUCUCUUUCAUUCUCUGUUUUUAACGUUUUGUUAGAGAGAUUGAUUUUGGUUGAGAUCUGAUCAGAUCGGGGCGGAGGGUUAGAGGCCGUCGGAUGUGCGGACUUUGACUCCGCCGUGAUCCGAUUCCACGCCGGCAGCAGAUAGUGAGUCAGACUGGGUGGUAGGGAAUUUUACGGAUGGGGCAGUGUUAUGGCAAGACUAUUCCGACUACUGACAAUGGUGUUACUCCAACUACCAUUACUACCACCGUUUCUCCGCCUUCUACUACUGGAUACGGUGCCGAUCCGUCGCAUUUCCCUUCUGGGAGUGGAGCUGGGAAUGGGGUUGUUAAUGUGAAGACUACUACGGCUACGACGCCGGCGAGGACUUCCUAUCCUAGUCCUUGGCCGAGUCCCUAUCCUCAUGGAGUUGGUGCUAGUCCUUUGCCUGUUGGUGUUUCGCCGUCGCCAGCUAGGGCUUCGACGCCGGGGAGGUUUUUUAAGCGGAGGUUUGCUCCGCCGUCGCCGGCUAAGCAUAUUAAAGCUUCGUUAGCGAAGCGGUUUGGGUAUACGAAGCCUAAGGAAGGACCGAUCCCGGAGGAGAGGGGGGCGGAACCGGAGCAGUUGCUGGAUAAAAGCUUUGGGUAUGGGAAGAAUUUUGGGGCGAAGUAUGAGUUGGGGAAGGAGGUUGGGAGAGGACAUUUUGGUCAUACUUGUUCUGCGAAGGGGAAGAAAGGUGAGCUCAAAGAUCAACCGGUGGCUGUUAAGAUCAUCUCUAAAGCCAAGAUGACCACAGCAAUUUCCAUUGAAGAUGUUCGGAGAGAGGUGAAAAUAUUGAAGUCUCUAUCUGGACAUAAGCACCUUGUUAAAUUUCACGAUGCUUGCGAGGAUGCCAAUAACGUUUACAUAGUCAUGGAGUUAUGUGAAGGUGGGGAACUUCUGGACAGAAUCUUGUCAAGAGGAGGAAGAUACACAGAGGAAGAUGCCAAAAAUAUAGUUGUUCAGAUUUUAAGUGUAGUUGCAUUUUGUCAUCUUCAAGGCGUUGUGCACCGUGACUUAAAGCCUGAGAAUUUCCUAUUUACCUCUAGAAGUGAAGAUGCUGAUAUGAAGCUCAUCGACUUUGGUCUUUCAGACUUUGUCAGACCAGACGAGAGACUUAAUGAUAUUGUUGGAAGUGCUUAUUAUGUUGCUCCCGAAGUGCUUCAUAGAUCUUACACUCUAGAAGCGGAUAUAUGGAGCAUUGGGGUUAUUACCUAUAUUUUACUGUGUGGAAGUCGGCCAUUUUGGGCUAGAACGGAAUCAGGAAUUUUCCGUGCAGUGUUAAGAGCGGAUCCUAAUUUUGAUGAUUUACCGUGGCCUUCAGUGUCUCCAGAGGCAAAAGACUUUGUGAAAAGGCUCCUCAACAAAGAUUACAGAAAGAGAAUGACUGCAGUCCAGGCGCUCACUCACCCAUGGUUGCAGGAUGAUAGUCGUCGUAUACCUUUAGAUAUAUUGAUCUAUAAGUUGGUCAAAUCAUACCUGCAAGCUACUCCUUUCAAACGUGCAGCUUUGAAGGCUCUCUCAAAAGCUUUGUCAGAAACUGAACUCUUUUAUCUUAGAGCUCAGUUUGCAUUGUUGGAACCAAAUCACGAUGGGCGUGUUGGGCUUGAUAACUUCAAAAUGGCUCUAAUGCGGAACGCAACGGAUGCUAUGAGGGAGUCGAGGGUUCAUGAAAUUGUAAAUUCGUUGGAGCCCCUUGCCUAUAGAAGAAUGGACUUCGAGGAGUUCUGUGCUGCUUCAAUCAGUACACAUCAAUUGGAAGCUCUUGACCGGUGGGAGCAGAUAGCCUGUCUGGCCUUUGAACAUUUCGAGGGUGAGGGCAACCGGGUGAUAUCCGUUGAAGAAUUAGCGAGGGAAUUAAACCUUGGUUCUUCAGCAUACUCUAUCCUUAAAGAGUGGAUUCGAGGAGAUGGGAAGCUUAGUUUUCUUGGGUAUACAAAGUUUUUACAUGGUGUCACCCUACGUAGCUCAAAUACAAGACACCAUUAGUCUUUUUUCAUUUUUUUUUAACUUUUUUUUUUGGCAGUCUUCAUUAUAUAUUCAGUUGAAAAUUGGUGAGUUCUUCAUUUAGGGGCACUGCAGAUUUUUUUCUUUCUUUCUUUCUUUCUUUCUUUCUUUCUUUCUUUCUCUCUCUCUCUCUCUUUCUUUCUUUCUUUUUCUUUUUUUUUUUUUUCUUUUUUCUUUUGCCUCUCUUUGUGGGGUGAAAAUGUGUAUAAAAUUGAAUGUUUUAGUGAAGGCAGUUGCAAAAGAUUGUUGAGUCCACAUAUAAUAUAUCAUCAAAAGCUAUCAUUGCUUCA